UGAGAGGCCCGCGUAGCGCAAAAAAAAAAAAAAAAAAAAAUUCUAUAUCAGAUAUCCUACAGCUGGCGUUCCAUGUCUAAAAUCUCCUAACAAGGCACACAGACAACUUCAGCAGAGCUUAAAUUUUAAAUAAAAGAACAAAGUGGACAGCCCUCUCCUUUAUGCCAUGUAUCAAGCACCACCCAACCAAAAUCACUCAGGACAAUGGCAGCCUCUGUGGGCCUGGUGUGAGCUUUUCUCCUGGGAAGCAGUGUCCUCAUCCACUGCUGGGACCUAUUCAGAUGGGUUCUCAGCUCCCACUGUACACAGAAGUCUUUUUGUUUUUUCUUUCUUUCAACCCUGAUUUUGUCUUCUUUCCCCAGCCUUUUGUUACCUGGUUCUCUACUGUACAGAAAUAGCUACAAUUCUGAGCGAGAGCCAUCAGGAUUUUCUAGGAGGACAAAGGUAACGGUGACGUUAUGAUCUCGGCGGGUCUCCAGCUCCUUGCUUUUGCCCUGGCCUUAACUGGGGUCUCUGGAGUGCUCAUGGCCACCCUGCUGCCCAACUGGAAGGUGAAUGUGGACCCAGGCUCCAACAUCAUCACAGCCAUCGUGCAGAUGCAAGGGCUGUGGAUGGACUGCACGUGGUAUAGCACCGGGAUGUUCAGCUGCACCUUGAAGUACUCCGUCCUGGCCCUCCCCACCCACGUGCAGGCCGCUCGGGCCGCCAUGGUCCUGGCCUGUGUCCUGUCUGCUGUGGGGAUGUGCACUGCCACAAUCGGGAUGAAAUGCAUUCGCUUAGGAGGGGACAGGGAAACCAAGAGUUACGCUUGUUUUGCUGGGGGAGUCUGCCUCAUAUCUGCGGGGAUCUCUGGUUUAAUACCAACGGUGUGGUACACAAAGGAGAUCAUAGCAAACUUUGUGGAUGUGACAGUUCCAGAAAGCAACAAACAUGAACCCGGAGGAGCUGUCUACAUUGGAUUCAUUUCGGCCAUGCUGCUGUUUAUCUCUGGCAUGAUUUUCUGUAUAAAAAAGGAUUCGGAGGCUUGGCUCCACCCAUCCAAGCAGGAGCACGUCCCCACCACACAGCCAGAGGACCGUUCAGCAAACAGCCUGAAGGAUUAUGUGUGAAUAACUGUGGGAUGCACAUGACUUAAGUGCCUGCUGUGAUUUCUGUCUUUAUUUUAGAUUAAAUACAAGAAUUGUGCUUGCGUUUCUCUACAAAGAAUGUAAAAUACUUAAAAAAUGAAGUUGUUCGAAAUGCCAACAAACUUCGUGUACAAUUAUAUCUGUUUUAGAUGAUUUUUCCAUUAUUGUUGUCAUGUUUUAUCUAAAGGUUUAUAAUGGAAAGAGGUUCUGAUUAUAUUAAUAAGGCAAUGGAAUUGAUGGCUUUUUUUUUUUCCUUUUUAAGAUAAAUUGUUGAUACAUCUUCCUAACUGGUACUUCACUGGAUUUUAUAAAAGAGCUCCACUGCCAAGUAUAAAAAGCACCUUGUCCUGGUGUUAACCCAGGAUACCCUCUGCUUUUGCUCCCUCUCCUUGGCAACCCCACAGUCACCUGCUUCUGUUUUCGAGCCCCUCUAUAAGCCUGCGCCUUACGACGCAGGGAGGAGCUGCCCGCCUCCUUCACAGGAUGCCCAAACAGGCCACCCCAAGUCCCCACCUACUGUCAUCUCCCCGGCUCUGUUGACAUUUUAGGAAAAAUAUCUCCAUAUAAUAUGGCAUUCAAAGAUUAGGCAGAAAUAAAGAAAAGAAAUUGGUAAAUGCUACCACAGCAAAGCAAAACCAAACCCAAACUGAAAUCUCUAGGACUUGUAAAGCAUCAAGUACAAGCUAAGUGAGAACAUGAAGAGUUUGUUUUAAAAUGGCUUAAGAACUGCCCUGUUCUGGCUGCUAAUAAGAGGAUUCUCCAGAUUAAGUUCAUUUUCCUCUAUCAUUUUUGAUUUACCCCUAUCAUUUAAUAUCGCACUGAUUAGUAUCUGGAUGAUAAAGGUUACUUUCAAGUUGUCAUUUUUUUUCUUUUAGGUUUGACUCAUGUUAACAAAAAUGUUUUUAUAAAUGAGCUGCUUCAAUUGGUUAAUGGAUGUGAAAAGAAUUCUUAAAGAAUAAAAGAUGCUUUAAAAGAUGUUAAAUUAUGAUAUGUAAUUCAAACACUUUAUAAGAAAAUAAAAAUUGAAUUUUCUAAUGUGCAAAGGUAACAUUGUACACUGUUGUUUCUAACAAUUUAUUUGUUCAUUUACGCUUAGGUAUUGUUCAUAAUACAGUGGUAAAGGGGAAAAAGGCUACUUCAUUGUACAUUAAUAACUCAUGAAGUGGGAAGUUAUCUUUUAUGUGAGUAAAUGAUUUUGGAUUGUGCAUACAGACAUACAGACUAAAAUGUUUUAUACCUAUUUUAUUUGGUAGAUCAUCCUCUUCUGUAUCAUCAUUACAUAUUAACAGAAUAGCUAAAAUAAAGGUACGAUUUCACAUGGGAAUUAGGAAGGCAUUGAAAGUAUAUACUCCUGGACUUCCCUGGUGGCGCAGUGGUUAAGAAUCCGCCUGCCAAUGCAGGG